GAUAUCUUCAAUCGGCCUCCGAGCAUCUCAGAGGACACACUACAACACACACUGUACCCGCAGAACGGCCUCUCUGAUCGAGCCUCGGUCACUACUCUGGCGACCUUGAUGCAUGCGUGUGUUGACUCGUUACUACCUGGUCACCUCUGGCACCGCGACGCGUUUGAGCUGAAGGUAGUCCCGAAUCCAGACGGAGAGGGAUGGGUGCUAGAAGGCAGGAUGCGAGUCGGUGACUGCGUAGACGACGAAUGGUGUGCAGUAUGGCUUCUCAGGGAGAUCAGUGCGAAAUGGGACGUUGUCAUCAGUGUAUUUGACUCGGACGGUGAAUUCCUUCUGAUCGAGGCAGCGGAAUCGCUACCCUCUUGGGUCACCCCGUCCAACGCUGAGAAUAGGGUCUGGAUCUACCAUUCCCGCCUCCAUCUCAUUCCUCUCUCACACGUCUCUGCACCAUCUAGCAAACCCCGUCGGAGACGUUAUCCAGGCGGCAAGGACAGUGAUGACGAGGAAGACAUUACGGGAAAUCAAGACGAGGACAACUACAUCAGUGCGCAAGACGCCUUGGAGCUUGUACGAGAUCCCUUGGCCGAUACCUUUGCACCGGCGGAAGUGGAGAAGACCGUAUGGGCACGAAUAACAGGAUAUCCCGCCGCAGCUCGUCAGCAUGUACAUGUCACAAAGGCCUGGUUACCUGUGGACAUUGCCAAGGCACUCACGGUUGAUCCAUCAUUGGUGCAGAAGCCCGUAGAGACAUUCUACACCCGUGAUGCCAUUCAGCUGCGUGCCGCGCACAGGAUGUCCCGCUUCCCUCCAGAGCCAUCCAUACUGACAACUGUCAAAGUGACACGAACAGCAUAUGCGCAGCUUGUGGGACAAAAGUUCUACCCUCCGAAGAUAUUCGGGCGGUGGCAAGAGAAGGAGAGCACGACUGAAUGGCGAUGGAGAGAUGUCGGAAUGAAGAUCGCAUGUGGGUUCGAAAUGCUCUACCAAGAAAGCAAGAGCCGUUCGGACGUUUCGCCAAUCUCGGCUGACGCUGUGAAGUCAUCCGCUCAAGCACGGAAGGACGCGCUGCGGCGCAACCUAGAUUACAUGAAGUACGUCGAAAACUUGAGAUCCUCUGGAUAUUUCAAGGGUGAGCUUGAGGGCUCCCAACUGUGGACCGAGCUCGAGGACAAGGCCGCGGCCGCGUUCCUCGAGGCUCGAAGAGAAGAUGAUGCAACACGACCGUCGUUUGCGUCAGCUAUGACUGCUGCCGUGAGCCAAGUCGGCGACAAUUUCGUUCCCCCGCAGCAAAAUGAAGACUCCAAUGAUUGGCUGAAUGUCGACGCGGCGGACUUUGACGCGAUGCUUGAGAAGAACUUCGGAGCGAAACCCAACAUUGAUUCCACUGAGUCCCCCGAUGCUAUGGACGUUGACAGCGGCGAGAAGGAGAAAGAGAGUCCAGAGGACCGCAUGGCGAAGCAACAAGCUCAACGACUGAAGGAUCUGGCGCAAAAGGUGGAAAAAUUCGUCGAGGGCGAAGGCGAUAUCGAAGGCGCGCAAUUCUCCGACGAGGAAUUUAGUGAUGACGAUCAGUCGGAUUCGGAUAUGACUCAAAGCGAAGCAGACGCAGAGCCGCGACCACAGCCCCCACGAAACGAUGUCGAGCAAGCAGCUCGACAAGCCGCGAUGGAUAAGCUCGUUCCAGGUCUGGAUCCCGCUGAAUAUGGCAAGAUGCCACCAUCUUUCCAUAACAAUUCUCAGCGUGUAGCUCCUAUCACGAUGGAGACAGAGUUGCGCGAAGUCUUUACUGCAGUGUCGCCGGGCACCUCUGGCGAACCGCAGAAACGGCCAAUAAGGCCUCCGAUCAUCCCUCGUGACAAAUACGAUGGUGUGGAUUCGGACGAUGAAAGUGACGAAGAGAACGAAGGCGGUGGCGAUGAUGACGAGGAAGCGGACAAGCCGCAGAUCGUGGGCGACGUUGAGAUUGAUAUGGAUGAAGAGGAGGACGAAUUUUUGGAGUUUGCUCGUCAAGUGUUGGGUAUGUCGGACGAUCAAUGGAGUGAUAUUGUCCGGGAGCGCAAAGGCCGUGGAGCAUAUGUUCCGACGCAUAUUGUUUCAGAGAACAAGAACGCACGUCCAGCUGCACGAUCGUCUCAGUUAAAUAUCUCUGAAAGUCGACCUCCCCAGGCACCAACACAGAGUUCUCAUACGUCCGUCAACCCCAGUCUCGAUUCCUUUGAGGCUGUAAUGCAGGCCAUGGAUGCUGAACUUGCGCGAUCACGAGGGGACAAACAGCAGUAUGCGACUCCCAAAGUGAAUAAGGGAAAGGGCAAAGCGUCUCCACAGGACGAUAUUGCAGACAUUGACAUCGAGGCCGCUAUGGAUGUCGAGCUUAAAGCUGCUCUGGAGAAAGAGCAUGACGGUGACGAGGAUGGUGCAGAGUAUGGAGACGGAACAGAUUACAACGUGAUCAAGAAUUUCCUCGAAAGUUUCAAAAGCCAAGCGGGCCUGUCUGGACCAGUAGGAAACCUUGCAGCGCGACUACAGCCAGGUUGGACGCUUCCACGAGAC